AUGAUGAUGAUGAGAGCGGUAGCAUCCUCUCGCUUCUUCUUUCUCUUCUUCUUUCUCUCCUUCUUCUCUUAUUUUAUCUCCGGAGAGAAAGACUUGAACCCGUACGCUAUUUUAGGGGUGGACAAAACCGCCGACGCUUCCGCCAUCAAAAGAAGUUACAGAAAACUGUCCUUACGGUUUCACCCGGAUAAACAACACACGAUUAACGAUGAUGAAGAAAAAGAAAAGAUAGAGCGAAAGUUUAUGAGCAUUCAAAUGGCGUAUAAGACGUUGAUUGAUCCGGAGAAGAGGAGGAAUUACGACGUAACCGGGUACGCAAACUUGAAAGAUUUGGAACGAGAUGAGAAAAGGAAAGAGAAGGAGGAAGGAGAGAAAAAAGGCGGAUACCAGCGCUUCACGAAAAAGAAAGGUUCGUCCUCCUCCUCGUCGUCUUCGCGAAUGAAAAGAGGUGGGUGGGAUUCUGAAGAACAGACGAUUGAUUCGAUUGAUUCAGAAACGUUCGAUUUUACGAGUUUGAGCGCGUUCGAGUCCAUCGUGUUUAACCGAAGGAGGAACAGCAAGGACAAUAACGCCGGCGCUGUCGGCGGGAAUAGUUGGCUUAUCGAAGUCUAUGACGAUGCUUCGGAACCGUCGCAAAGAGCGUCAUCGAGUUGGGAACAGGCUUCCAGAGCUCUCGAUGGUUUUGCAAAGUUUGGAAGAGUAAACCAAAAGCUCUAUCGACGGCUCGCCGUGAAAGUUGCCCCGAAGUACUUCAUGUCCAACGAACCGAUUGCGUUUACCAAGUUACCCGCAGUUGUUGGUUUCGCGCAAGGAUGCAACAACUUUUGGUGCGCGCAAAGAUAUAGAGGCGAAAUGAAAGCGGACGAUUUAGGAUCGUUCGUGAUGGAUAAGCUGUUGCGAUUGAAAGAGGUUCCAAGUGUUGCGUCGGAAGAGCUGGAGCAGAACUUUGCUCCUGUGACAAUUAGGGGAAAUAUUAAGGACGAGAACAAGAAAACGCCAAAGAACGACAAAGUUAAGUUUAUCAUUUUUUCACCUCGCGCCACGACGCCGAGCCCAACCUUGCGUAAACUCGCCACGGAGUAUUCGGAUGAUGUUCAUGUGGUCAGAAUUCAUCACACGGAAAGAGAUCAAGGAAAGUGGAAACAGAUAUACGGGGUUGAAUCAGCUCCAGCAGUGGUCGUUCUGAAAUCCGAAUCGAACGAAGUCAUCGUGAAACACGGCGUUUCUGGCAAGGAGAGCUUGAAGCGCUUAUUUACCGAGCAUCAUUUCCAACUCAUUCCGGAGAUUAUGUCACGUAGUAUGGACGAUAUACGUUGCAAAUCUGGCGGAUUGACUCGACUUUGUGUGCUCCUCCUAGGUGAUGAAAGGGAAACGACUGAGUCUCUUAAGCACACUUUGAGUAGCAUCAAGAAGGAUUUACAAAAAGAAAGAGAUGAGAGUAACGAAGAAGGACUUAAUGCAAUGAAAGUAAGUUUAUCCACUGCUUUAGAAAACGAUGAGAUUGUUUUCGCUCGGAUAGAUUGCGUCAAACAAAAGAAGGCGUGUCAAGCGUAUUCCUUCAAAAGGGGAUCCUCGAACGCGGAGUUGAGAGCGCUGCGAUUCAUUUCCGACAAACCCGGUAAGAUGAGUAAUGUUCUAUUCAAGGGUAAUGCUGUAGAUAUCGAAGAAGUUUACGAAUGGAUUGGGGAACUGUUCAACGCCGAUGAAACAAGUCGUUCUCUCCAAGACGAGGUAUCGAAAGCGCUUUUGAUACAGGAACGCCUUGGUUUGAAAACGCAACUUGAACAGUUCAGAAUGGACAUUUUGCAAACUGUUGCUCGAGUCUUGGAAGAAUCUGUUAUCAUGAUGGUAGAGAUUGGUCCCUUCCCGAUUAUUUUCAUGUUUGUUCUUCAGAUAUCCCUAUUUCGAUUUUUGCGUAACAGAAAGUUUGCAAGGAGCGCACAAAACGUUCCAUCUGCUGAUACUGUGGAUACUUCGACGUCCAAUGCACUCGACGCUAAUGAUAUCGUCAUGAACCUGAGCGAAUUCUCUGAAAGGACCACGGCACUCACAAAGAGCGUUUACGUCGUGCUUCAAUUCAUAAACAGUCGUGACAAAGGACCGGUUGUGGAGCAAAUACAGGGCUUACAAGCGCUCGCUAAAAAAUUUAAGUCUGAACGCCUGUUGCGUUUUGCUUACGUCGACUUGGAUCAAAACGUUUCUUGGAAAUCGUUCGUAAAUGAUGUUGGGGAAAAUUCAGUGUGCGUUUGGCAUCCUUCCAAGCUUAAGUAUGAAAAAUUAGGAAUCAGUUGUGUCGAAGAUGGCGUAUGCACCAAACUUGACGCUGUGUUGGACGGGAGCGCGAAUUGGGAGAAGGAAAUCAAAGACAAUGCUUGGUUCCAUUCUUCUUCGAGCGUAAAAAACAGGGAUAUGAAGAAAUAG